AUGGCUUGCGAGCGAAACACAUUGAACAAGAGAGCUAAGACUCUACGAGAUUUGUACAGAGAAACACUCAUGUGUUAUGAUGACUUGAAACAAAAGGGUCAGCUUAGUAGUGACGCGGGUGAAGCUUUAUUAUCAGCUGAUGAAGUCACAUUUCUCGAAGAUACACUUAAACAGACGCCAUGUGUUGUAUUGUUUGGGGAGUUGAACAGCGGUAAAAGCAGUCUAGUCAACGCGCUUCUCAGGGAGAAAGUGGCUCCCCGCGGCGAACUUCCGUGUACGGCGAGGUUGGUCACAUUCAAGUAUUCAGAAACCCCCUUUAUAUUGCUACGAGACAAGCAUGGAAUUGAGAGGAAAAGGGAAACACUCGAUCAUGAACGAAAUAACAUUAAACGAUGGAUCGUACUCAAUGACGAUGAACGACGAGAUCAAACUGAAGUAAGUUUGGCCGUAGACGUCGCUAUUGAAAACCCACUUCUCAAAGAUGGCAUGCUGGAAAUAAUUGACACGCCUGGGCUCAACGAAAAUAAGGAACUGAAUAACGUCGUCGCCGAAAUGUGUAACAAAAGACGUUUGCUUCCGUUAUUGGUAUACGUUAUAGAUGGGAAUUAUGGAGUAUGCAGUCCUGAUAGAAAAAAUAUUGAAAAUCUGACAAAAGAAUGUCCAAAUUCCGUUAUUAUCUAUGUGUGCAGUAAAAUCGACAAGUGUUCAAAGGCUGAGAUGCACAACAAACCAGACGAUGACGAAUUAGACGAUGCGAGCGACCAACUAGUUGAGUUGACACCAGAACAAAAGAUGGAAGGGGUAUAUAAAACAUUGGUAAAUGAGGGAGUGAUUGAUACGAAUGGCGGUGAUAUGCUGAAUUGUAAAUACUUCCACGGGGUCUCAACGAAACGAAUUGAGCAGUUACGAAAGCAUUCUAAAGAAGACAUGAAAUCCGAGGAUGGUUUGUUCGUGCGGAAUUUCAAUCGAUUUGAAGAGCACAUUGUAGAAUACGUUCGCAGUAGUUUAGAUAGUCACUUUCGCCAAGCACUCAGAAUACUACUUUGCAGUUAUGAAGGUUGUUUGAGUUUCCUGUUUCAAAAAGAGCUCAACCUGGCACAAGAGCUAGAAACCGUGCCAAAACUCCUCGACAAGGCAAAGAUGGCAGAGAAUGAAUUGACUCAGGUGUUGUUAGAUUUUAUCAGCAGCGCAGAAACGCAUAUGAAGUUGGUCGAUGUUGUCAGGGGAGCCAUACAGAGAGUAAAACCUGAUGUUUUGAAAGAUGCCAUGGAAAGGAAACUGCCAGACAAAUUUGUUUAUGACGAACUCGCCAAUGAACCAGAGCUGAGCCAUUUAACGAUGAUUAUCCGGUCUUUGACUGAUAGUAAGUCGAUUACUGCGCAUGCGUUCUGUCGAGAUAUUUGCUACGUCAUUGUUAACAGAGUUACAAACGAAACCCACAAAGAAACCAAGAAACUGCUGAAGGAUGAAUUCUCAACUACAUUAAAGCGUGUCCUGCUGACCAUAGCCACGCUGCAAAUGCCUGGCCUAUCCGGAGUCCUGGAAAAAGACCAUAUCUAUGGUGAACAAGAAGAGGACUCGGAUAAAAAUACGACUUUGGCACUUUUGGUGAGAAUGGUGAAUUCUAUAUCCACGGGAAUAAGACUAGCAGUGGUUAAAGAGCUGAACGAAACUUAUAGCGUAGCCGACAUAGCCGUGCGAGUUGAGCUUCUAAAGAAGCAGCUUGGGAAGAAAAACGAGAGGAGUCUAAGAAAGGAGCUGGCUACAGGACUCGUUGAUGUAUUGAAGCCAACUAGACUAGCCGAUGCCAUACGGAACGCCUGUCAGCUUCACAUCAAUACAACACACAAUAAUUUCGUCAGGUCACAUGAAAGACUGUGCACUCUAAACAGGGAGUUAUGUCAACGAUCACAAAAACAGAAAAAUGAAAUAACCGAUUUUUUUGUCCCAAUGUUGUCAGAUCUGGAAGUACGUUGCCGUGCACUGGAGUACGAAAUCCUGUACGGCGUCCCUAUGGUCGGCUGCAAAAAAAUCGGAACGGGAGGUAGAAACGUAGUGAGUAAGUGCCGCGAUCAAGAUAGAUGGUGCCCUGACCGGGAUAAGUUAUCUCUGGCGAUAAAAUCCGUAAAGAUGGAAGAAAAAAGAGGACGAGGAAAAACGGAGAUGUGGUACCGAACGGUUGUAAGACUCCAAGAGAUACGGCGCCUUGAGGAGCACAGAAACGUUAUUACAGUGCACGGCUGGGUCAUGCCAUCUCCGAUUAAACUGUAUAUUAUAAUGGACAAAGUUGGGAACAAUCUCAUAUCGUCCGUUAGAAAUCUAGACCGAGAAACGAAACACGAAAUUGCGCUUGAUGUGGCAACGGGAUUGGCCUACCUACACGAGCAGGGAAUUAUUUACAAUGACCUGAAACCCCAGAAUAUAUUGAUCAUGGAAAACGAGCAUGGAAAACGAGGUGUAAUUAAUAUUGGUAAAGCCGAGGGGCUCUUUGACAUUACGCCACUGGGGGCGCCAUUUCACUUAGCUCCGUUUCUCUAUGAACAUCCCAAGCAACGAAGAGUGUACGCCGAUAUGUACGCGUUCGGCAUGUUGGUGUGGUUUCUAUAUGAUGGCAGAUGUCGACGACCCGAGGCUUUUGCCAGAUUCACGACCAACGACAUGAUGAAACUCGCGGUGUUUGACAAAGUACUUCCAGAGCAGCCGAACAAUUGCGAUUUUUACCUAUGGCGUCUAAUGAAGGAGUGUUGGAGGGGGAAAAAAAUUGUUAAGGCUGAUGACUUGGUAAAAAUACUCGAACAAUUCGGCAACGGAGCCGGCGCGAGCACACGUUCAUUUGCUUUGAAAUCUCGCUCAGUUAAAAAGGAUUAA